AUAAAUUUUGAACUAGAAACAAAUAGAACAAAUAUCUCGAUUGCAAUUUGAUACGCCAUGACACUCGGGAAGGCAGUAUGGAGAUUGCCGGUCUGCGACACAAUGAUCGCAAUUUUGGCCACAUUUAUGUGCAUUGUGUUCGCUCGCAUUGUAACUGGGAUAUAUUCGCAUCGGCUUAGUCGAAAUAAAUGCUAUCUGGUUGAGUUCUUAUUGAUCGUUCCGCAGGCCAUCCUCUUCACAACGGUGGCGAAAGCGUAUAUUCAUUAUUUUGUCGGACUUCUGAUUAUAUUUUUGUGUAUAUAUAUUUUGUGCACGCGCGCCAUUUCGCGUGCCAAAGCUCGCCGGGAAUUCGAUUUGGGCCGCCGGCCAUUAUGUUUAACCGUAGUGCGCGCCCUGACUCACAUAAUCACAGCCGUUUGUAUACUGGCCAUCGACUUUCAAAUCUUUUAUCGGCCAUAUCGAAAGAGCCGUACAUUUGGUACCACUUUAAUGGACACCGGAAUUGGACUUUUUGUGCUUACCAUGGGUCUGGUGUCGCGACGAUCCCGAAACUGGUCAGAUAUACGUCGCUGUGCUCUGCGCUCCACAUUGCCGCUGAUCGUGUUGGGCUUCGUUCGGAUUGGCUACAAUCGUAUGCUUAAGUUCGAGCAGGACGAGCACGAGUACGGCAGAGAUAUGAAUGCGUUCUUUACGCUGGGCAUCACCAAGUUCUUUGGCAGCCUACUCAGCCUGGUGGCACGCACUGAUGCCCACCUCUUUCCGUUGGCCUGUGGACUUUUGUUGACCCAUCAAUUUUGUCUAUCCUUUGGCUAUCUUUCGCGAAUCGUUAUGGAGCAUUAUUUUCCACGCACCACACUGCUGUUUGCCAAUCGUGAGGGUAUCUUUUCGCUGCCCGGCUUCUUCGCCAUUUACUUGCUGUCGAUAUGCUUUAGCAGGUGGUUGGUGCGCAACACAUUGCUCAGCUAUCAGGAGAUGUUACGCAAGUUACGUGACCUACUUCUCAUAUCGUUAAGCUCUUGGCUGCUGAUGGCCGCGGCCCAUUACCUUGUGGGCGUCGCUCGGGUCACCUGCAAUCUGGGCUAUGUUAUUUGGAUGUGUGCCAUAUCCUUCACAAUGAUCACCCUGACCGUAUUCAUAUGUGACUUUUGCAUCGACAGCGUCAUGUCCGAUACGCUAAUCAGCACAGUUACAGAUUUAGAUAAGUUGGAGAACAGAGAAACGGCUCCAGCAUAUAUUAUCUGCGAAGCCUUGAAUAUGAACGGUUUGACUUUCUUUCUCCUGGCCAAUUUCCUGUUGAGUGGAGUUAAAUAUUUCUUAAGCCCACGAUCACGAUCUAGUAUUACGUCGUUGCUAAUUCUACUUAUAUACAUGCUGAUCACUACUUAUCUAAUAUAUCGAUUGCACAGGAGGGGCAUACGACUGGCCUAAUGCUGAUCUUCAGAAUAAUGU